AUGCCCACUAGCUCCUCGACGACGACGACUGCAGCGACCCGUGGUGGCACACCCGCCAUCUUAUCACAGUACCUUGUCGCUGCCUACAAAGAGCUCCUGUCUGCGGCCCAUACCAAGUUCUUUGAGGCCGAGAGUGCCCACACAACCGCGCAGCAGCAGUUGGCGCAGCGGUUGCUCGACUCGGAGGCUGCCCGCCGAGUGCUCGAGCGUGAGCGCGACGUGGAAGACAUGGCCGCGCAAAAUGUCGAGAUGGCCAAGCUGUGCCGCGGCCACGAAGAGAUGACGGCGCUGGCAGCACGCGUUUCGAGCCUCGAAGGGGAGCUACGCGCAGCGACACUGGCGUCGCAGCAGAAAACAAGUGCGCUUGAGAUCACGUUGGCCAAACUUCUCGACGACAAUAUCGUCCGAACGGCCUUGAAGGACAUGAACGACGACAUGCUUUCGCAGAUCUCGGCGCUGGAGCAGCAAGUGCUCGCGAUGGAAGCACGCCACUCACAAGACAACUUUGCCACUUUGAAAGCGGUCCUGGGGCUGGACAUGACUGAUGGAGAACUUCAGACCAAGGUUCAUGUGAUGUCGUCCGAAAUGGCGGCUAUGCGCUAUGAGCUGGUCAAGCUCACGUCCAAGCAAGCUCUACGCGACGGGAACCAGCGUCGUUCCAAGUGA